AUGUCUGUCGCACCUAUUCCCCAUUCCAUGCGCGAGAAAAUGCUCAGAGAUGAGGUUGCGUACACCAUGACUAUCAAGUUGUGCAAGAGCAUAGAAAUCGUGGGCAUGGCCAAGACAGCUUCUUUUGAUGGCCUCUUCAUUGAGUGCGAGCAUUCAUCGUUGGAUCUUGAAUCAACGAGCCAAUUAUGUGUUGCGGCACUAUACUGCGGCAUCUCCCCCAUUGUUCGAGUACCUAGCAAGGAUCCCUUCUUUGUCUCAAGGGUACUCGACGGUGGUGCACUGGGCGUUGUGGUACCCCAUAUCCGCUCCGUCCAGGACGCUCAGGAUGUUGUCAAUGCUGCCAAGUUCCAACCCAUUGGCUUUCGGUCUAGCACGAAUGGCCUGCCCCAACAUCAAUUUCGUUCCAUCCCCGCAAAGCUCUCCAACCCCGUCACCAACGAAGCCACCCUAGUCAUCCCCAUGAUCGAGACCCUUGAGGCUCUGGAGCUAGUAGACGAGAUCGCUGCACUCCCCGGCGUUGACUCCCUGCUUAUCGGCACAAACGACUUGACUGCCGAGAUGGGUAUCCCUGGAGAUUACGAGAACCCUCGCCUGACUGAGGCUUACGAGCGUACUAUUGCGGCCUGCAGGAAGCACGGGAAGUGGGCUGGUGUUGGGGGUCUUCACGCCCGACUUGAUCUUGUUGAAAAGUUUUGCAAGAUGGGCGCAAGAUGGGUGAUGGCUGCCACAGAUGGGCCUUUGCUCAUGGGGGCUGCCACCAAGAGAGCGACUGAGAUGGCAGCUUUGAACGAGUCUGUCAAGGCCGCACAAACAAGUGGUGCGUCUACCAAGGUCACGAAUGGAAAUGGUAUAACCAAGACUGCUACAAAUGGAUUCACAAAUGGAACUACCAAUGGUGUUGCGGUGACAGUAUAG